AUGGAGGAAAUCAAGCUUGAGGAGAGCGCGAACGGCGCGCAGGUGAAGCAGGAGGAGACCACUGCCAUCACCACGAAUGGUGACCAUGAAAGCUCCAAGUCGCCGAGCACCUCUCAGGAUGGCGCCAAGUCGCGCAGCGAAAGCGCAGAAACACCGAGCUCGAACAGACCCUCAAAGCUGUCUCGAAAAGCUUCUCAGAAACUCGCCGCCAGUCGCGAACCCGUCCUUUUCGACCACCUCCCCGAUAUGACCGCCGAAUCUUGUAAUUUCUUCCAGCUGAUCCCCGACUGCCUGUACGGCUCAAAGCACCUUGGAUCUACAGAUAACGACUCCUUGGACUGCGAGUGUCGGGAAGAAUGGCACAAUGGCCUGAACCUUGCUUGUGGCGAGGAUUCCGACUGCAUCAACCGAGCAACAAAAAUGGAGUGCAGUGCUGAGGCUGGGAAUUGCGCAGGGGGCUGCCAGAAUCAGCGGUUCCAGCGCAAGCAAUACGCCAACGUUUCCGUCAUCAAAACCGAAAAGAAGGGGUUUGGCCUACGCGCCGACUCGAAUCUACAGGCCAAUGACUUCGUCUUUGAGUAUAUCGGCGAAGUCAUCAAUGAGCCAACAUUUCGUCGGCGAAUGAUUCAGUACGACGAAGAGGGCAUCAAGCACUUUUAUUUCAUGUCGCUGAACAAGAGUGAGUUUGUGGACGCAACAAAAAAGGGCAAUUAUGGCCGCUUCUGUAACCACUCCUGCAACCCCAAUUGCUAUGUCGACAAGUGGGUGGUUGGUGACAAACUCCGGAUGGGCAUAUUUGCCUCGCGCGACGUCCAAUCCGGAGAAGAGUUGGUGUUUAACUACAACGUGGACCGAUAUGGCGCCGACCCCCAACCCUGCUACUGUGGGGAGCCCAAUUGCGUGGGCUACAUUGGAGGCAAGACGCAGACCGAGAGAGCAACCAAGCUGCCCGCAGCCACUGUGGAGGCGCUGGGUAUUGACGGGGGCGAUGGUUGGGACACGUCUGUUGCGAAGAAGCCUCGAAAGAAGAAGCCCGAUGAGGAUGAUGAAGAAUACGUCAACAGUAUACCGUCGCGGAGUCUCCAUGAAGACGAUGCACGAAAGGUCAUGGCUGCACUUAUGCAGUGUAAGGAGAAGUGGAUUGCUGUCAGGCUUUUGGACCGUAUUCUACGGUGCGAGGAGGAGCGCGUCAUUCACUACGUUAUGCGGAUGCACGCUUACCAAAUCCUCAAAACAACACUCAACACUUUUAUUGAUGACCACAACGUCGUCCUCCAGGUAUUGGACAUUCUCGACAAAUUUCCCCGUUUAACAAGGAACAAGGUUCAAGACUCAAAGAUCGAAACAACAAUUGAAGGCUUGACACGAUCCGAGCACGAAGACGUGGCAGAAAAGUCCAAACACCUCCUUGACGAAUGGAGCAAAUUGGAGGUGGCGUAUCGAAUUCGACGGCGCAAGUUCGACCCCAAUGCGCCCGCUGCAAACUCGUUUGAAGAACGUCGCGGAGCAGGUCGAGAAGAAGAGGCAGUGCAAGCUCCUUCCAAGACCGCAUCGCCACAGACCAUUGACGCGCCAAAGGGUCCUCGAAACAGCAUGCCGCAAAGGAAUGCUGCUUUCUUUCAGAAUGGAGGACGUCCUCGGAGGCCCCCAUUCAAUCCCUCGCUUCCCCAAGGAUGGUUCACCGCCAAGGACGCUGCAGGCAACACCUACUUUUAUAACAAGCAAGGUACCACCACCUGGCAGAGGCCUACGCAACCCGUAACGGAGCCCGCUGUGAAGACACCAUCCAGGGCAAUGAAGGAGCAAUUGGCGAUUCAAAGUAUUAUCAAUCAGGUCACUGAGAAGGGGACACCAAAACAUACUUCUGUGUCAACUCCCAAGGCAGUCGAAACACCACCUAAGGAGGUGAAGCAGGAGAAGUGGCGAUCUCUCCCAGUUGAUAAACAGAUGAAGAUCUAUGAGAAUACGCUGUUUCCCCACAUCAAACAUGUCCUCGACAAAUUCCACCACAAACUUCCUAAGGAGGAGCUGAAGCGCUUUGGUAAAGAGCUCGCCAAGAAGCUUGUUACAUCUGACUACAAGAACAAACGAGUCGGUGAUCCCGGUGCGCCGCUUAAUGAUAAGCAAGUCAAGAAGAUGAAGAAGUAUGUCAAAGAUUUCUUGGAUCGUGCCGUUGAGAAAUACGGCGAUCACCAGAAACGGAACACAAGCGAGAAUGCGGAUACGCAGAUGAAGGAUGAUCAAGGGCCCAAUACCGCAGGUAGUAGUACCGGCUCUGUCGCUGAUGGAUUAGAUGGCGCUUCGUCGGUCAAAGUUCUUGGAACUCCGGUCGACGGUGUGAACACUGCCACAGUGUCAGACAAUGAGGGCAGUGCUUCUUUGGGAAGCCCUGAACGUAAGAGAAAGAGGGAGCUAGAAACGGGAGGUUCGCCCUCAAUCUCUUCGUCGGAUGGACCAAACAUGAAAAGGCUAAGAGAGGAUGACAUGGAUGCGCCCAGCCCACCACCUCCUCCUCCGCCGCCUCCGCAGUCGGCUAUGGAAGAUGUCGUCACAGCUGAACAGGAAGCUCUUCGUGAGCAGGAGGAGGCAUUAAUGAGGGAGAACGAGGAGGCUCAAAGGCUUGACGACGAGGCCAAUCAUACAAAGGACUUGGAGGACGCCACUAGAAGUGCUGAGAAGGAAAUACUGGAUGCUUCCCACGAGGUAUCUCGGCUGGAUCAUGAGGCUCGAGGGCCCGGGUCGCAGGAGACGCCGGCUUGA